AUGGAGCGGGAUGAGAGCAGCCUCCGAGCACCCAAACAUGGCAAGGCACGAGGGAAGCCGGUGAGGAUGACGAGGCCGGGUAGGCAAAUCCUGUGGGGUCGGCUCGGCCUUGGGGAAGGGCCACGCAGCACGUUGCACGAGGGCGGCCAACAAGGGGGCGGCGAUGAGACGAAAAAGGGGGCAGAACGGCCCAGCGGAACGAGGCGGAGGAAAGUAGAGGCGACAACUAAUGACGAGGGCGGGCGCUCAAUCUGGAGAGGUGUGUACUUUGAUGUUAUCGGCGGACCUGUAGAUGAAGCAGCCCUGGCCGUGACCCAAACAUGGGAGCGUCUGAAAAAGGAGUGGAAGCCCUGGAAGGAAACCUGGGUGUUUGGGCUUGCCGCGAGGUUGCGUUGA